AUGGCGGUGGGAUUCCGGCGGACGCUGUCGACGCUCACGUCGCACAAGGCGGUGGCGCCGUCGUUCCUGCUCGACUGCGCGCGGCCCAAGAAGCUGUCCUACGCGCGCGUCAGGUCGACGAGCCUGCCCGUCCGCCUCCACCCGCUCGUCGCCGGCCUGCACGACGCGGCGAGGGCGCUGCUCAAGUGGGCGGACGCACCGGCGCAGACGGGGCCGGCCUGGGUGGCGGACGGGGCGGACAGGGCGGGGAAGGUGCUCGCCGGGCUCGCCGACCUGCUCCACCACCCGCAGGCGCAGGACGCGCUGCGGCGGCCGUGGACGGAGCAGCUGCUCGACGACCUCCUCCUCCUCACCGACCUCCACGGCUGCUUCAGGGAGUCGCUCGUCGCGCUCAGGCAGCUCCUCGCCGAGACCCACGCCGCGCUCCGGCGCCGCGACGGGUCGCGCCUCGCCGCGGCGCUGCGCGCGCAGCGGCGCUCGGCGCGGGAGGUCUCCCGGCUCGCCUCCUCCGCGCGCGACCUCUCCCACCGUGCCGCCCCGGGAGACGACGCCGACGAGGCCACCCUCGCCGACGCCUUCGCGGCCGCCGCCUCCUCCAUUGAGAAGUGA